CAUGUUUCCGCCGGUAGUACCACCUCUCGCAGAGGUAGGCUCACGAGAAUGUGCGGAGGACACCAUCACCUGCCGCGGCUGCCAUAUAACCAUGCUUCCCCCUAGACCUCAGGCCAAGUCUUAGACUCUACCUUUCCUCCCCUCCCCUCCUACCCCUCACUGUUUCCAUUCUCUCGAGAUUGUUAGCUGUACACACUCACGAUGGCUUCUGUCAACAGUUUCCCUACUAUCAAGGCCGUCAAGACCUUCGUCAUUCAAGGCGUUGGUUCUGGCGGCGACUACCACAAUGUCAAGGGUGGCCAUUGGCUGAUCGACUCCAAGAUCGCGACUCCCAUGUCUGGAUACGACAAGUACCGCAAGUCACGAACCGACUUUGGUAUCAACGUACUUGGAUCUUUCUGUGUCGAGAUUGAGUCCACCGACGGCAAGAAGGGGUUUGCUACCGGCUUCGGUGGCCCACCGGCAUGCUGGCUCGUUGCUGAGCACUUCAACAGAUUCCUGAUUGGCGCUGACCCUCGUGACACCAACCUCCUCUUCGAUCAGAUGUACCGCGCCUCGAUGUUCUACGGACGCAAGGGUCUGCCACUUGCUGUCAUUUCCGUCAUUGACUUGGCCGUCUGGGAUUUGCUAGGAAAGAUCAGGAACGAACCCGUCUACAAGAUGAUUGGAGGCGCAACAAGAGACAGACUCAACUUCUACUGCACUGGCCCUGCACCGUCUGCAGCAAAGAGAAUGGGCUUCUUUGGCGGCAAGGUCGCUCUUCCAUACAGCGCUGCCGAGGGGUUCGAGGGCAUGAGAAAGAACAUCGAGUACUUGACUGAGAUGCGUGAGAGUGUCGGUCCCGACUUCCCGCUGAUGGUCGAUUGCUGGAUGAGUCUGACAGUGCCCUACACCAUCGAGCUCGCCGAGAAGUGCAAGCAUCUCAACAUCAACUGGUGGGAAGAGACCCUUUCUCCUGACGACUUUGAUGGUCACGCUCUUCUGAAGCGUGCUCACCCCACAAUCAAGUUCACCACUGGAGAGCACGAAUAUACUAGAUAUGGUUUCCGCAAGCUUAUUGAGGGUCGUCAUGUUGACAUUCUCCAGCCCGAUGUCAUGUGGCUCGGUGGCUUGACAGAGUUGCUCAAGGUUUCGGCUCAAGCAGCUGCAUAUGAUAUUCCAGUCGUUCCUCACGCCAGUGGUCCUUACAGCUACCACUUUGUCGUCUCUCAAACAAAUUCGCCUUUCCAAGAGUACCUUGCCAACUCUCCCGAUGGUCAAUCAGUUCUUCCGGUAUUCGGCAACCUCUUCAUUAACGAGCCCAUCCCUGAGAAGGGCUACCUUGACGUCUCUGUCUUGGAUAAGCCUGGAUUCGGUCUGGAGAUCAACCCAUCUGCUCCCUUGAUUGAUGCCACCAACAUCCUCAACCCUGCUCCCUCAAAAUCAUUGGCAGACCCCACGAUCCCCGAUGGAGUUCAGAACGAGAAGACGAACGGCAGUGCCUAAGUUCUAACGACCAAUGCAAAAUUUAAACGACUGAAGGUGUUACCUGCUGGGGAACAUGGUUUGGAGCAUUUAAUACACGGCAUCACGCAUACAAUAGUUAGCCCUACGCAUAUUACAAUAUAUUUCUCAAAAUCCUGUACUCCC